CUUCUUGGAACGAUCAUAAGCAUCAACAAGAACGUUGUUUAUUAUGGGUACUGAAAAUGAUGAAGAGGGAAGAAGAGGAGAUGAUAAUAACAUCAAAACUUCAACUUGUCUUAGCGGCGAAAUCGAGAAAACAACAGUACACUUCAUCGCCAGUGAUAAAUCAUCACGUGUCACUAUCACUCUUGUCUUCACCUGAUGACUUAUCACACUCUCGCGCUUCGGUUCCUUUCGCCUGGGAAGAAGAACCUGGCAAGCCUAAACAACAUACUCUUCUUCGAGUACCUCCUAAAUACCCCAAGCGUCUUGAUUUGCCUCCGAGGCUGCUUCUUCCUCGUGAAGGUACUGAAACGCCUCUGGCUUGUGAUCAUCCUCGUUAUCUCGCAGCGUUGAAACGGUGGUUCCGGUUGAGGAAAGAUCGAGCUGAUGAUGAUAAUGACGUGGUGGGACAGUGCAGUUUAGUCGUUUCAUCGGAAAAUGAAAAUGAUAAGAAGAUCACAAGAACAAGAAGUCGUCUCCAUUGUCUCUAUGAUGUCGCUAGGUGUUACUUAUGGGAAGUUCCAUGGAAGAAGAAGAAGUUGAAAAGAGAUGACAUUUGACGUACGGUUUAAGAGAUGAUUCGUUCAUACAUACAUUGUCAUUAGAUAAGUGUGAUACAUCGUUGGAUACUUGUCUAGUGAACCAAGUACUUAUAUGGGUUUUUACAGGCCUGACAACACUGCCCCUAUGAAAUUAAUAUCCAAUUCUGUGUUAAAACUUUUUCUUGAUCGAGCUGGAUUCGAAUGUAUGUUUGUUUUUUUUUUUUGAAAAAGUCGAAUGUAUGUUUGUUCAAUAGAUAGAUCACAUGGAAGAAGAUAGCAUGUUGCGAUAAAGUACCGUGGGCCAUAUGGAAUGGCCUAAUAAUGCAUAAUUAGUGGCUAGGAUCAUGUGAUUCUUUCAGAUGCGAUCAUCAUUACAUCAAAGCGGUCCAAUAAAUUACUUUCUCUGUAUAAGUUCGGUGGCUACGAUUCUUAAUACAUUUUCCUAUUCAAUGUACAAGUUGUACACACAUCUGAAUUGUUACGUUGAGCCUAGUUUGCUUCGACCUAGUGGUGGUAAACCAUAAGACGUGGUAGGUCGUUUAAGGAUGGAGUAAAACGGCAGGCGGGGUGUAGCUAGCAUCCACAAAACGACAUUGGGAAUUGAGAGUGAGAGAGAGAGAGAGUAUUGUGUGGGAGAGGGUGUUUGGUUGGGUUGGAAAGACAUGUGUCGACGUCAGUAAGAGAAAGGAUUUAAUCAAAGAAACAGUCCUUUAGAUUUAUAAAAAGCUAAUUAUUUCAAUCACGCCCUAAAACUAGGCCCCAGCCACUUCCUUUUUGUCGCUUCCUGUCGGUCCUUCUCUGAUUCUUCUCCGAUCCCUCAUCUUCUGAAUUAUAUGCAUUGAUAACCAAACUUUUUUUUUGAUCAAGAUAACCAAUUUUUUGUUUUGUUUUGUAUUAAGCAAUAUAACCAAUGCGUUUUUCUUUUGUCAUCAACCAAUGUGUUUUCUAUGAAGCAAUAUAGCCAAGAUUUUCAUAAGACUAGUUUUAUUUUCUCUAGCUAUUGAUUGAAAUCAAUAUGAAACCGCUUAAUUUAUGAUGCUCAAUUGUAACUAGUGUGAUUUAAUAAUUUUUGCAACCAUCAUUGACUACAAUAAAGCAGGUUGUAUAACUAUGGUUUAUUAACACGUGAUUUGAUAUUUUUAGAAUGAGUGCGGUAUUGUUUGUUUAAAAGUUUUUUUUUUUGAAAAAUUGUUUGUUUGAAAGUUUGUUCUGUGUUUCUUAUUGGCUUCGAUUUUCAGUUUAUGUGCUUUUUUACAAACUUUUAUUCUAAUUAUCAGAUUAGCGCGACAUUUUUUUUAUCGCUUUUACGAUUUAAGAAUAUGAUCAUGAUAACUUUAUUUGCCAUGUGUUAUACUAAAGAAAAACACUAGAUAUAAGGGGUGAAAUUUUCGUGACACUUUAUUCCUAGAAAUAACAUAAUAAAAUAAAACAAAGUAUUACGUCCGAAGAAUAAUCCAUAAUCCCUAAUUACAGUCAACAUAUAUAUAGUAUUUUAUAUAAAGCUUAAGCGAAAAACCAUAUGUGCUUUAUGGACCAUGUUAAGUCUGAUAUUUAUUAUAAAUUAAUCACGUUAAUGAGAAUUUCAAGUUCACCACCGAAUUUCGCAACCUAAUCUACACAUACUUAAUAAAUCAAUUCAGAGAUUAUAAGAUCUAUUUUAAACGUCAAUUAUAUACAUGUAAAGAUGAUAUAACGUAUACCGUGUCUGGGUUUUGAAAUUGACGGAUCGUAAGCUAAAAAGAUAAUUUAAAAUCCCAAAAUGGAUGGGCGGGAAUAGUAUACAACUCAUAAUUCCACUGACGCUUUGUAUCGAAAUAAGAGUAAUCAGCAUGAGUAUAAAGAUAUAUAACAAUAAUAUUCGCCUUCUAUAUUUAUAAAUAGUAUAACUACGAAAUAUACUAUCACAAACUAGAACUUUAUAUUUUCAUAAACUCAAUAUUGCAAUAUAUGAGAUUAUGAAAAUGUUUCAGCUCAAAUUAACGCAAAUUAAAACACGAGAUGUUGAGAGCCAUUGUAUUUUUUUGGUUAAGUUGAGAUUUCACUAAAACGUGAGAGUUUUGACCACCGCCUAGGGAGAAUUAAGUAUGUACCAUGGGACAUGGAUCAUAUGAGAAGCUGAAACGUAAAAGAAAACACGACCAACAAAUUAGUCAAAAAAGUGGUAAAACUACAAUACUCAAGAGGUAAAUUUGGGGAUAUAUGCAAACUCGUGCUCAUCCAAAAUAGUCCCGUAAAAGGGUAUCCAAAGAGAAUACUCAAUGAAUUUACUUGAAUAUUUGAGCUUCAUGAUA